UUCCCAUCCACCAUGUCCAUAAAGCUAGAAAAAUCAUCUCUUGAUGACGAGAGAGACGUGGGAGUCUUUGAAAAACCGGCUAUCGUGUCAUCCAAACCUCAUUUGACAUACCUCUCGGUAGCAUUUUUAUUGUCAGUGGUGGUGUUCAUUCAAAGUCUUUUCCUUUUUGACGACCACCACGUCAGCCCCCAAUUUACACUUCGCAUCAAGGAGGAUAACAGCCAAGCAGUGGAAAUCAUGAGCAGUAUCCGGCUGAGUUUGAAGGUGGUGACAUUUUUGGCUGAAGACUUUAGCUUUAGUAACUAUACGGGCAUUAACGACAUUGACACGUUUGACGAGGGCAACGUUUUCCAUUUCUUCUACGAUGGGUACAAAAAGGACAACAACCACACGAGGCCGUUUGUGCCGUUCAACGGGUUGGACAUCAUGGGGUGCUUGGUGAAGGAUUUCGGAGUGGAGUUGUCGCUCAUCUCCAAGUCACAAAACCCCCAAAAGCUCAUCGACCUGUUUUCGCUCACGUAUUCCCACACCAUCAUGAACUUGGACGAAAUGUACCACGAAGCGAAAAAGACCAGCAAAGACGGGCAUAUGAGUGAUACCAAAUUAAAGGUGGCCCACGAUGCGUACAAGUUUGAGCGAUUUGGAAAAACCAUGAGAAAGGUCCCCAUGGCUUCAUUGAUGAGCUCGUUUGUGUCGUGUGUGUCAUUGCUCUUUGUACUCCACUGGGCUUGUUUCAGAAACGUAUCGGCACGAAUGGUGGGAGUGGUGAUGGUGUUACAGGUGCCACUGAUGGUGGUGCAGUUUGGAGCAUGGGGUGCUCAGCUCAGAUUCUACUACAAGGUGUGUAAAUUAUUGCAGAAAUUCACGGUGGCAGACCUUAGGGCUGAUUCGGGGUACGUGGGGCUUGUCAUGUCGGUGAUUAUGGUGGUGAUGGGGCAGGUUGUGUUGGCAUACAUUUUAUACAAGAAGCGAGGUGAGAAGCAUUAGGAACUAGAUAUACGCAUACUAAUUUGACUCUGUACUUUGGUACCUCUUUUGGAACUCUUUUGUACUCUUUUGGUACUCUUUAGUAAUCUACAUCAUAC